AUCGACCCGCCCUCGGCCCUACUUCCGCUCCACCCCACGUGAAGUGCUUCGCCUGCUGCAGUGUGUAUGUCGAACCGAAUAAAACGCGAAUUGUAAAUGGGAGGUAAAAAGAAGCAGAAGACGAAAUGGCGCAAAUUAUCCAUAGGGCCCGAAGAACAUCCGGGAUGCGCCUCCGCGAAUCAAAGGGAGAACGACCAAAAUGAUACAGGAGGGGCGAAGAGUCCACGCAUCACAAGCUGGGUUGCCGUACCCCUGGUGCCCCUGAUUCCUCCUCCUCCUCCUCAGUGCUACACGGAGAACGGUCCUGAUAACCACAACGGGGAAACGAAGGGAUGCUACGUCAAUGGGCUGUGGAUUCCGAAUUCGGAACUUGGCCGCUAUCGCAGUAGCGCUCCUCCUCCACCACCCGUGGGCCCUUCUCUCCCACCGCCGCCGUCCUCCUCCUCCUCGUAUUACCUCUACUUUAUUUUCCCCAACAGCGAUUGGCCGCAGCCGGAAGUGACGCAAGCCGAGGGUGAGACUCCUUCGCUCUGUCGAGCUGUGACAUAUCCACUGGUUCUGGCUCCUCAUCCUCAGUUGAUAUCCAGAUCUCGCUACUACCGUGGACGGAGGAAACCAAAAUCAUUCGCCGAUUUCGGAACGGCUAAUGGGGAAGAAUGUGAGCCAAGCAACAUAAGCUCCACAGUAUGCACAAUGGAUGACUUUGCCAGCAAGACAUUCGCUUCAUCCAUGGAGGAAGCCAAACCAGAAAUCGUGAGCACGCUUCACCAGUUGUCAUGUUUGGCUGCUCGUCUACUCGACUCCAUUCUGAAGGACGUUGAAACGGAGCUACGGAAAGUCUUGAGGCUGGAGGAUGCUGUCGAUGGACGAGCCAACAAACUAGCCAGUCAAAUUGUUUCAGACGCUGUGUCGGCCAGUGCAAAGUCCUUACUGGAAAUAACGCGUAGGGAGGAACGGGCCGGCAAGAAGAACCUCAUGACAACCAUUCGAGACAAGGCCCAUUUUUUAGGGGUUACUGCAACAUUUCCUGAGCCGGUUCUGCGGGGGAUGUUGGGAACAGGUGAUGACCAGAGUGAACCGUCGUUGAUCCAUCCACACUCAAAGAGACUGUCUUCUGAGGACAUUCAAGUAUUGGGUCACAUCUAUGUAAAGGAGCUUCUGCACAGCAAAGGCAACCAGGGGGAGUGGCAUGUCGCUCCAGCUUGCUUACAGAAAGUUGCGUGACAGGUAAGGCCCAUCUCUGGUUAGUUUCUGAAACUAGGUUAGUCUAGAGAGAAGGGCCCUCUUUUAUGGACAUUCCGAGCCCUUUGCCUGUGGCCGAAAUGUGGCUAUGGCUAUAAAUGCAGCGCCACUUAAUGGCCAUUUAAUCCGCUUACUGCGCAAGCACUCCAAAGAAACGUUGCAUCUCAAUCUUAGUAAACGAGUUGUACCAAGUGCUACUUAUAUUCCACACUUGGUGCUGCUCCAAAUAUUUUUACUCGUGCACAGGAAAACAAGUUUCCGAUCACUCAGUAGGAUGGUGCUGACAACCCUCUUCCUACUUGUGUAGCCUCCUAUAUAAGUGCUCGUCUAACGCAUGGGUCUUUCCUUCUCACACUGGGACGUUGAAAUGUUAGAUGUGGAAUCGUAUAUCACGAAUGAGUUACCUGCGAAAAUGGCAUCCUCAACUAAUGGCAACCGAAGGCUUUAUUUAAAAAGUUUUUCUAUCAGUGGCGAAGACAGCAACUCUGUUAUAUGCUCUGAAAGGAAACAUCGUCUAAUGGACUGUAGAUAGACUACAUUCUGUGUCUUCUUGUAAAAACAAAUCUUUAUUUUCAAUGAUGGUGUUCAUAGUUAGCAUCUGCGUAGCACUGUAGAUAUUAGAGAUCCUAAUGUGGAUCUUUCCUUUUCUUUUUUUGCCCUCAAUAUUUUGGGCUUAGUUUUGCGGCAGAUUAUAUGUGUGGAAUUGUUGGAAUUGUUGUAGUCGAGUGUGUACAAAAAGAAUAAAGAUUGUCCAUGGAAGUGUCAA